AAAAUCAGUCGACAGCGUUCGUCCUCGGAGGCAACAAUGUUCGGAUCGAUGGACAUGGCGUCGGUACGCUGAAUGGAAACGGGAACUGCUGGUACCAGUGGAUCUCCUGCAGCAAAUACAGACGGCGCUGACACAUUCUUCUCGUCAAACCUUUUAUUCAAAAAUUGGACCGUCUACAAUGGUGACGAUUCAUUCUCUGCCAAGGCAAACAGCACCAACAUUACACUUCUCAACUCACGUUUCUAUCAUGGCCUUGGCAUUGCCAUCGGGUCGAUUGGGCAGCACAAUGACCAAUUCGAGACUGUGGAAAACAUUCGCGCCGAGGACAUCUACUUCGAAGACACGCUGCACGCAUUCUACUGGAAGAACCAAACUGUAAAUGCCCGUGGAGGCUUGUUCACGAUUAGUCAGUGUACGAGGUUCAGUGGCGCCCCUAGGGUCGGCAACUGCACGAAUUCCAACUUUCAGAUCAGAGACGUUGACAUUCGGUGUCUGAGAGGCACAACGAAUGGCAGGAGAGUCUUGAGUCUGCAAUGCAGUGCUGUCUCGCCAUGCACCGAUAUCGCCCUGAGCGAUGUUAAUGUACGAUACGCAGGCAACAGCACUGUCGUGCCGAACUAUCUCUGCGGAAAUGUGGUCGGCAACAAGGGCUGGGACUGCACAGGGCCUGUCUGUGUAGGCGGAAGCGCAACGGGAGGUUGUUGAAGCGGGGAUGCGAAAGUUUAAC